AUGGCUCCGGCGACCCUCCAUCGAGGCUGGGAUGUGACGUCUCCCGUCGACCUGGAAGACGAAGGUCAGGUGGCUUCCUACUACUCCCGGCCCAAGGGCGGACUGGGAGCUCUUGGCCGGCGGACCUGGGUCUCUGGAGCGCGGCACCGGGAUUCUGACGCUGGCUGCGGACUAGGUUCAUCGCGGUUGGAGUGCACCAACGGCAUCACCAGUACCGAGCGGAUCACUGGCCAGCUGCACCACUAUUUAUUUGUGUCGGCAGAUGUCCCGAAUGCGGAUGACCAUGCGUGCCCUCUGCCAGAGAUGAGCCUAGACGGUGGAUCUGAAGAAGAGUUCCAGUCAUACUGGGACUGGAACUCGCGAACCACGCGCGUGAUGCCGGACGGCUGGAUAGAAAGAAUGGCCCAUCCCCAAGUGAACUGUGAAGCGUACUGGUACAACCAUCGUACUGAUGAGACAACGUGGGAGCAGCCUGCAGGCGAACCGACCCUCGUGCCUGUGGAUUCCAGCAACGAAUUCUCACAGGAGGGCCCCGUCUGGACCUUCACGCCACCAGAGCUGAAGUCCAUCAUGAAGGAGGGGCAUGCUGCCGACUUUGGCUUCUCUGCAGAGGAGCUGGCCCGGCGUGCGUGCUUCGAGUUCGAGACGUGGCUGCCCCGCGUGCUGUCCUGGCAUGACUACCAGUAUCGAUGCUUCUGGUUCUUCGGCGGGAAAGAUAGCGCGGACAAGAACAAAGACUCCGGAGGAAACUCCAAAAGCUUCUUCAGUGCCGACGCAGAGGCCAGUCGGCAGCUCUUCGCAGACGAUGAGUUUUUCGAGGCCUGCACACGGCUGCUGUGCAAGCGGCUAGACAAGAUGCACCCGAUCAACCUGACCUACUUCGUCUGGACCUACGUGCGGGCAGGGGUGGUGCACCGUGAGCUGCUUCACGCAGUCGCCGAGCAUCUUUGCAAAGGCUGGCUCCCUUCGCUCGACCGCUGCUCCCUCGGCACCAUGUUGUGGAACUUCUCCAAACUGGAGUUCCGACACGACCGCUUUUUCGAACUCUCGGCCCAGGAGCUCUACAGACCGAAUCGUUUGCGCUCGCUGGCGCCCCGAAACUUCCAGAACUCCAUGAUUGCCUACAGCAAGCGGAAGCACUGGAAUUCCAGGGUGCUUGAAGGGUUUUGUCGCGGAAUUCCGCGGCUGCUGGACAACCAUGACCCGUCCUACCCGAAGACAGACACGCAUGCUUCUCGGCAUGCAGACCGAUCGGUAUGUGUAAAUGUACUUUGGCAUAUACACAGAUGUCUAUGUGUAGAUGGUUGUGGUCUCCUUGUUUCGAGUUACCCAAGUUUGACCCAGCAGACGGGGAAACGAGCUGCACAGUAA